AUGUUGAACAACAUGGAUGUGAACGCCAAAGACUCCUUCUUCCCUCAGUUUGACAGCUGCAGCUCGUCCUCCCUGCUGAUGGAGACCGGCGCGCGGAAGGACAACCAGGAGGUGUUCGUGGAGGCGGCGGCGGAGCGGGGGGCACCUGCCCAGUUCGGCCACGAAGGAGCCCCCGCAACCCUAAAAACCGAGGCUUCCAGCUCAGAAUUUGCGUUUAACCCCUGCGAGUGCCCGAAGGAGCCGUACCCCCCCUCGUCGCUCGCCUACUCCGGCAGCUUCUACGUGGAGGCGGCGCAGGGAGCGCCCUGCAGCACCGAGACGCUCCUCAACAUGAUCACGGAGAUCGUGGGCAUCUCCACGCUGCCGCUGUCAGAGGCGCAGCACAGCAGCUCCACCAGCAUCAGCACCAGUACCAGCAGCACCAGCAGCAGCCGGGGAACGUACACGUCCCCCCACCCAGAGCCGCUGGACAGCAGCCAGGGCGCAAAGAGGGCCCCCCCUUACACCUGCUCCGGGCCCCAUCCUCCCGGGUACUCCCCGGACCAGCCGUGCCCCGCGUACGCGGAGGACCCGGCCCGGGAGGACCCGUCCACCUCCCAGCUCGGCUUCGGCUCCCCCCGCGCUCUGAAGAAGGCCGAGCCCAAGUCGGAGGCCGCGUCCUUCCCGGUGGUGGUGAAGAAUGAGUUCGACAGCAGCUGCUACGAGUGGGGGGGUUUCAGCAACAAGUCCGACUGCUUGGAGUCCACCUUCCAGACCGAGACCUUCCCCAUGUCCAACGACUUCCCCCCCGAGCAGCAGAUGGACGUUAAGGAGCUUCUGGACUCGUUCCCGUCGAUCUGCCCCCACCCGGAGAUGGAGUUCAAGGUGGAGGGGGGCAUCAAGCAGGAGCCCUGUUUCUCUGACACUUGUUCCCAGAGCUACUCCACCCCACUGUAUAACAACUACCUCCCCCCACCUCCACCCGUGAACCUGAAAGCCUUCCCUGACCCCCCACAGCAGUGCGAGCCUCUGUACACGGCCUUACCCAGCACCAUAGACUCCAUCCUCUACUCCUCCCUCCUCCCCGAGUCCUCCUUCCCACAGACCUUCACCGCCCGCGCCACGAAGCCCCCGCGGGCCAGGAAGACCCCUGCCUCCUCCUCCUCCUCCUCCCACGGCCCGGCCAAGGAGAAGCCCUUCUCCUGCCCCAUGGAGAGCUGCGAGCGCCGCUUCUCGCGCUCGGACGAGCUGAACCGGCACAUCCGGAUCCACACGGGCCACAAGCCGUUCCAGUGCCGCAUCUGCCUGCGCAGCUUCAGCCGCAGCGACCACCUCACCACGCACACCCGGACUCACACGGGCGAGAAGCCCUUCUCCUGCGACGUGUGCGGCAAGAGGUUCGCGCGCAGCGACGAAAGGAAGCGGCACGGGCGCGUGCACCUGAAGCAGAAGGAGAAGCUGGAGCUGAAGCCGCAGGCGAGCGCGGCGGGCGCGUGGCCCUUCAGUCUUCCUGAGGGGCUGUGA